AAUUUCUCAUCCAUGGCUUCUUCGUCUGUAUCGAAUAUAUAAGGCGAAUUUGGGCGGCGAUCGGUCGGUGGGAGGCUGUCGGUGGCUCGGCUCGGCUGAUUAUCGAUCCAGGCGCCCUUACAAUCGCUCCGCGUUCCUUCCGCAUCCCAUUCCUCAGGGGUCUCCACCCUUCGCUUGGAGUGCUGCGGCUUCCACCGCCUCGAUGGGCGCCUUGCCUUACGCUCACGUCGACACGAGCUUGCGUGCCCUCGCCGGACAAGCAGAGGGCUUCGGCCGAUUCGCUAUCGGAGGCCUCCAUGGACCGGUCUACUAUGUCACCUCCUUGGCAGAUGAUGGUCCUGGUUCACUUCGUGAGGCAUGCCACAUUAGAGAACCACUCUGGAUUGUUUUUGAAGUUUCAGGAACCAUUCACCUUUCUUCAUACCUGAGGGUAUCAUCAUAUAAGACAAUUGAUGGUCGAGGACAGAGGAUAAAAUUGACUGGCAAAGGUUUACAACUGAAAGAAUGUGAACAUGUAAUCGUUUGCGAUCUGGAAUUUGAAGGUGGCAGAGGGCAUGAUGUUGAUGGUAUUCAGAUAAAGCCCAAGUCGAGGCAUAUUUGGAUAGACCGCUGCAGCUUACAAGAUUAUGAUGAUGGACUAAUUGAUAUCACUCGCGAAAGUACUGAUAUCACCGUUUCAAGAUGCCGCUUCGCCAAUCAUGACAAGACGAUGCUUAUUGGAGCAGACAAGAGUCAUGUUACCGAUAGAUGUAUUCGCGUUACCAUUCACCAUUGCUUCUUCGAUGGAACAAGACAGAGACAACCUCGACUUAGAUUUGGCAAAGUUCACCUUUACAACAAUUACACAAGAAACUGGAGCAUAUAUGCUGUCUGUGCCAGUGUAGAAGCACAGAUCUUGUCUCAAUGCAAUAUUUAUGAAGCAGGACAAAAGAAGUUGGUAUUUAGGUACAUGCCUGAGAAGGCAGCCGAUCGGGAAGAGGUGAAGGCGGGUUGGAUAAGGUCUGAAGGCGACAUGUUUCUGAACGGCACCCAGCUUGGGUUGUUAGAUGCUGGUGCUCAAAGUGUUUUCGAUCCCUCAGAACAUUAUCCACCAUGGACUGUGGAACCUGCAUCACUGGCUCUUAAAGAAGUCCUCCAAUUAUGCACUGGAUGGCAAGCUAUCCCAAGGCCAAAUGAUUGUUGAAGCAAUCAUGUCUGUUGAACUAUGUGAUUUCGAUGUUUGCAAUCUUGGGGGUUUUUUGAAGUAGGUUGUAGAUGAAUCAUAAUUCGUGAAGGUCAGUAUUCGAUUUGAUAAGAUUUGGUUUAUAUUCAUUCAAUAAAAAUAUAAAGAAAUUUGAAUA